AUGAAGGUCUUGGCCGCAGGGAUUGUGCCCUUACUGCUGGUUCUGCACUGGAAACACGGGGCGGGGAGCCCCCUUCCCAUCACUCCUCUAAAUGCUACCUGUGCCACACGCCACCCAUGCCACGGCAACCUCAUGAACCAGAUCAAGAAUCAACUGGCUCAGCUCAAUGGCAGUGCCAAUGCUCUCUUCAUUUCCUAUUACACAGCUCAAGGGGAGCCAUUUCCCAACAACGUGGACAAGCUCUGUGCACCCAACAUGACAGACUUCCCUUCUUUCCAUGCCAAUGGGACAGAGAAGACCAAGUUGGUGGAGCUGUAUCGGAUGGUCGCAUAUCUGAGUGCCUCCUUGUCCAAUAUCACCCGGGAUCAGAAGAUCCUGAACCCCACUGCCGUGAGCCUCCAGAUCAAGCUCAAUGCUACUAUAGACGUCAUGAGGGGGCUCCUCAGCAAUGUGCUUUGCCGUCUGUGCAACAAGUACCACGUGGGCCAUGUGGACGUGCCAUACGCCCCUGACAACUCCAGCAAAGAAGCCUUCCAAAGGAAAAAGUUGGGCUGCCAGCUCCUGGGGACGUACAAGCAAGUCAUUAGUGUGGUGGUCCAGGCCUUCUAG